UCAUAUUUUAUCAUCAAUCAUUAUUCUUCAUUUUCACUACUUACAUAAUUUACAUUGAUUGAUUUCAAAAUCUUUGUUUUUCUUGUUGUUGUUAAAGAGAGACAUGGGAAGACUUUUUCUGAUCGAUCUGGAAGGAGACUUGUAUAGCUGCAAGCAUUGCAAGACUGCUUUUGCCCUUGUUGAUGAUAUUAUUUCCAAGUCUUUCCAAUGCAGGCAUGGAAAGGCUUAUCUUUUUGAUAAAGUUGUGAAUGUCUCGGUCGGAGAGAAAGAAAACCGGAAAAUGUUGACGGGAAUGCAUACUGUCGUUGACAUAUUCUGUGUUACAUGUGGAUCCAUUGUUGGAUGGAAAUAUGAGAUUGCUAAUGAGAAGUCUCAGAAGUACAAAGAAGGAAAGUUUAUCCUUGAAAGGUAUAAGGUUUUGGGGCCAGAUGGAUCCGAAUACAUGCCUCCUCUAGAUGACGCUGAAGAUGCUUGAUUUACUUCAGGAUCAUUUCCGUUUUGAAUUGUUAAUUCUUUAUGAUUUUCAUUAUGCACUUCAAAUCUAGUAUUCCAGGAA